AGGUUGAAAAUUAGUUUUAAUAAAUCAGUCUACUCUAAGGUUUUUGACGAACACAACUAAAAAUGGUUGCAUCACAAUUUUUACUUAUUUAUAUAGUUUUGGCGGGAACGAUAAUAAAGAUUGAGUCCCAAAAAAUUGAUUUCAAAAAAAUCUUUCACACCCCAAAAAGAAUUACGACGAACUUCAAAUAUUAGAGCGAUCAAGUUUCGAACCGGACGACCAUCAACAGGAGAAAACAAAACCCCAAACUGACCAAAAAAAUUUAAAUCAUCACAACCAAGAUCACCAUCAACAUCAUUCUCAACCGAAAGCGUACGCAAACGCACAGGUUUUAUUAAAUUUCGAUAACAACAAUCACAAAGAUGGACUAUUAAAGAAUGUUGAUGAACCAAAAUGUACAUGUUGUUCGAAAUACUUUCGUCAACAACCAAUUUAUCAACCAUUUUUGUAUCCGACGUAUUAUCCCGGUUAUUAUAAUCCAUAUCAUCAUUUUAAUAAUUAUUAUCAACCAUAUCACCAAAGUUUUUGCAUGAUGCAUCCUGAAUAUGCACUCAGAAAAAGUGAUGUAGGUAAAGAUUUAAUUGGGGAGAGAAGUAAUGAUGAUAAAGAGGUGAUUAAGAAGGAUGAUUUGGAAGAAGUUAAAAGAAACCAAGAAAGUUUUAGUGAAUGGCUUGAAAAAAUUUUUACAACACCAAAACCGGCAAGUACAAAAAGUUAUGUAACUGAAAAGGUUUCUGAUACGCCAAUUCAUAUCCCAACUUAUUAUCCAACUGAUAAAACUACUUUGAAACCCACUUAUAAGCCUACUUAUAAACCGACAUAUUAUCCAACUGAGAAAGUCACUGAAAAAUCAACUGAGAAGCUGACAACUCCUGAAAUACCAAGUACAACUGAAAAAAUAACUCACAAACCAACUUAUAAACCGACUUAUUAUCCAACUGAGAAAACAACUUAUAAACCAACUGAAAAGGUAACUUAUCCCCCUACUGAAGUGUCAACUCCUGAAACAACAUACAUAACUGAAAAAGUAACCCACAAACCAACUUAUAAACCCACUUAUUAUCCAACGGAAAAAACGACUCAUAAACCAACUGAAAAGGUAACUUAUCCUCCUACUGAAGUAUCAACUCCUGAAACAACAUACACAACGGAAAAAGUAACCCACAAACCAACUUAUAAACCUACUUAUUAUCCAACAGAAACAACUUUAAAACCAACAACCCAAGAACCAACUCAUAAGCCAACCCAUAAACCAACUCAUAAACCAACUCAUAAACCAACCCUUAAACCAACUCAGAAACCAACCCAUAAACCGACUUCUAAACCAACUCAUCCCCCAACUUUCAAACCAACAUCAAACCCUUAUCAUCACCAUGAUAAUCACCACAAAUUCCCUCAAGACUACUUACAUUGUCCGGAUAUCGAUAUUUUCAAUUCAAACCCAUGCAAAAUCCGUAACUUCAAAGAUUUUCAAAAACCCAUUUGCAAAGAACUUUUAAUAAUUUUUGAAAAAAUGCUUUCAUGCCUCUUAAACGGCUGCGAAAAGUGUUCAAUUCAUUUCACAAAUACUGAAAAACUACAAAUAGCUGAUGCUUUAAAUCAAAUUGUGCACCAUUUAAAAGAGAAAAAUUACGAAAUUGAUCGUGAUGAUUUAAAGUGGGAUCGAAGUGGUGUUCUAGAGAACGUACUAACCGUAUUUCCAUUUAAUUUAAUUCUGAUUAAAUCGAAAGAGUGUUGUGAUGAUCAUCGAAAAGAGGUCGUUUUGAAAUAUAUCAAAGAGAAUUAUAAAGGGACGAAGAAACACGAAGAAAUCGAAGAAAAAUUGAAGGGAAAAAUUGUUGAUUUAUUUUUGGAAAGUUUUCAUUUAAAAAAUGAUGAUAAAAAUGGUUAUUGUGAUUUUGUUGAAGAUUAUUUGACGAGAAGAAUUGAUUGUAAUAACGAUUUAAGUGAGCUUUUUAUGAAGUUAAUCAAAGAGUUAAAAAUGCCGAAAGAAAUUUUUGAAAUUAACACCAAAAACGAUAACGAUUUAAUCGAUUGUUUAAUGAGGGGUAUUUUUAAAUGUCCGAGUUGCGCUCAAAAUGAUAAAAAGGAUUGCUUUAAAUUGAACGAGAAUGUUUUACGAAAAACCCAUCAACUUUUCUUGUGCAAUUUCGCGAAAAGAUUAUGCGAAAGAUAUCCGGGAGUUGAAGAUCUUGAGAACUUGUUGAGUUUUUGUAAAACUGAAUGUGGUUGUCAAGAAAUCGAAAAGAUCGAUAUUAGAAGUAGUGGUUAUGAUAUUUUAAAAAGUGAUGAUAAAGAUUUAUUUGCUUGUCCUGGAUGUAACGGUAACGGAAAGUUUCCUGUUGAUAUGGAUGCUUUGAUGGAUGGAAAUGGAAUUGGAAAUACUAUUCAAAAAGAACAUGAAAAUAAUGAUGGGAAAGAAAUUUGUAAAUCAUGUACUAAGUACACCAAAGAGUUGAAUGAUUUUUAA